CAAUAACGCUGAUCUGGAGCAUCCCGGUGCUGGCGUUCUGUCGUGAAAUGAUAACGCCCGGGAACGAAACGAAGGCGAAAUACAAGAACGAGUUUGCCCGCCUCUUUUGUCUCUCCUGGGCUCCCGUGUGUUGUGGUUGACCACCAGGAAGAACACAGCGAGGCUGGUUAGCUGCGUGAUGUUCGAACAUACAACUUGCUCGGUAUUGUAAAUCACGUCUACAUUUAGUAUAAGUCUUCAUACGGUUACAGGUUUUUCAAAACAUGCUGUUAGCUCUCAAGAUAAAAUAGCUAUUUGACCGUAUAAAUCCAAGGAUACGGAGGUAAGGGUGCGAAGCGAUGUCCACAAACAGAGAUGACUGCUGUGAGGGACGACGAGCCUGACUCCCCCAGAUGUAGACGUUUUGUGAUUCAUUGGCCAAGUGGACCAUGCCAAUGAUCCUGUUCGCCUUCGUGGUCCGGCUGAGGGACGGCCUCCCCCUCUCAGCCUCCACGGACUUCGCGCACAACCGAGAACUCCAGGAGAGGAAGCAGCAGCUCAGGAAGAUGAGCAAGGCACUGAGCGGCUUCCCUGAGAGAGGGACGGUCAUGGGCCAGGACCUAAAUAUAUACUUCGUUUCUUCGGAGGGAGUGUCCUAUAUGGCCGUGUGCCACCGCGGCCUCUCUGUAGUCAAGGCCUUCUGUUUCCUGGAGGACUUGUGCUGGGCAUUCAAGGCGUGUUUCGAUAGCAAGGCGAUCAGCCUAGCUGCCCGGCCAUAUCCCUUUUUGGAGUUUGACGGCAAUAUUCAGAAGCUAAAGCAGCAAUACAACCAGAUCGGGGGUGGCCCGGCGCUGGAGAUCACGUUGGCUGAGGUCCAGGAUGACCUAAAACGACGGCCACCAAAAGCGCUAACCAUAGAGGAGUUGGAGCUAGCCCAGGAGCUUGCCAACGGGCAUUUGGAGCACGGCCCUGGGUCUGGUCAGACUGUGAGACUUGAACCAGUGGCUCCAGCAGGCAUUCUAUCCCUGGUCCUCAACAUCGUGUGUGCCUCUCUGAACCUCGUCCGGGGCGUCCACCUCAUGGAGAACACCUUCCAGGACGACUAUGACGCACUAUGGAGUGUGGUGGCGUUUCUCCUGGCGUUUGUGCUAUGUCUUUUUCAGUGCCAGCUCUAUCUCUUCCACUCGUCAUACAAGAGGCUAAAGGCGCUCUCUCUGCUGGGCGUGCUGGUGCUGUGCAAUGCGUUCCUGUUUGGCCUGAGGAACUGCUGGCAGCUGCUGUUCCACACAGUCGUGGCCUGUCUCUCCACCGCCCUCAUCCUGUCCCGCAAGCUCCUGGACCGGAGCAACGACUGUGGGGUGUGAGGGAAGGCUCUCUCCGUCCCGGUCAGGUUAAGUCAGUUACUGAAGGGAAAACUGGCCAAAUCAAUUACGUAGACCACUUUUAAUUGUCAUGAUGUAGGGAUUAAUGCUUAAAGGAGUGGAAUUCAAUACUUCUUAUGGACUUACAGGAAGCUGUUGCACUUUGAAUACUAUAAUAUAAUUUUCUUUGCUAAGACCAAGACAUUUAAAGAGCAAGACAUUUUAAGGGAUUUUUUAUUUAUUUUUUCUUAGCAAUAUCAUUAGCUGUAUCUCAUUUCAAAAUAGAAAGGUAAAGACAGGUUAAUGACUACUGAGCUUUAUAUGUGAAGUAGGGAAAUGCUUGUUGAUUACCACAGCUUUGAGGAUACAUUUAGACUUUACAUUUAUACAGAGGUUGGUGUUACAUCUAUAGACUUUUUCUAAAUUCAACUCUGAACCAAAGUUUUAGACUCGAUCCUUACAAUUGUUCAACCUGUAGAAGACAUUCUCAUGGGUUUAUUCUGGGUAUUAUUGUCUAUAUAUAAUGUAGGUAAUAUUGUAUUGACAUUUCGUUAUGGACGUAAUGCAUUCUCCCUAUGUUUGGGCAUUUUAAGAACAAUAGGCUCUGGUAUUUGGGAGCUGGGCUGCUCUCUAAACACUCAAGUCUUAAAUCUAUUAGAGACAAAGGGGAUACUUGCUGAUCAACAAAUCAUUUUCCAUAUUAUUGACAUCGCCCAUUCAUAACAUUGAAAGUUUAAUGAACUCCAAAUGAUUAGGCUGUUUCGAAUAUGUUUGAAAACAAAAAUGGGGAUUGUUUAAUAAUUCAACGCCUGCUUCCAGUCUGUUAUACAUCUGUGAUAUAUAUUAUCAAAUGUUUAUUAUUUUAUUAAUAUAAGUACUGUGGAGUUUUUGAUGAGUGUCAAAAUGAAUGUCCAAAUUCUGCACUACCGAUUUUGUUAUUAUUGGUUGUAUUUUGAUUGAAUAUUUGCUUUAUGUUUUGCUACUGCAGUUGAUCUUAAGUGGGGUAGAUAUUGGAAUAUGAUGAGGGCAUGUUCAUUCUGUUUUAAAUAUAGUGUUCCUCAGAGGGGCAUGACCAGGCAGAAAUGUUUUUUAUUUGUCCAUAUGUGGACGUCUCCCCACAGUGCCAGCUCUAUCUCUUCCACUCGUCAUACAAGAGGCUAAAGGCGCUCUCUCUGCUGGGCGUGCUGGUGCUCCUGGACCGGAGCAACGACUGUGGGGUGUGAGGGAAGACUCUGUCUCUGGCUCUGGCUCUGGCUGCUGAUGAAUGUGGAACAAUUGGUUGAAUGUCUAAUCUAUUUUCAGUUUUAGUAGAAAUGUGCCUAAACGCUGUGCAGUGUGAAGAGGGCGUGUGUAUGUGUAGCAGAGAAGCAGAUGACGGAGAGAGGCUGUUGUGUGCUCACAGCAGCCACCAUGUUGUUGCUGUCCUUCCUGUCAUAACUUUAAUUUUCAAAUGCUCUUUCAUAACAAAUGAAGAAUAACACAUGAUCAUGAGAAAAGGCCAUCCCACGAAUGGAUGGCCUUCAGACAUAGCUUACUAGCUUAUAGUUCAGUCAUGUCAUUGUUUUGAAGUUUUUCUAUCGAAAUGUCAUUGUAUAUAUUAAUACUUACAUUUUUAAACAAGAUGUUUAAUCAGAAGAAUUGAACAUAUUGCCCUGUUUUGUCUAAAUGAUUUGUUUUUCAACUAUAUAAAAGCAAGUCUUUUGUAACAAUUUCAUAUAUGUGAUCUUGUAUAAUGAUCAGUACAUCAUUGAUGCUGAGAGAUUUUUUUCUCGAAGAAAAAUGCAAAAAGAGGGGAGAUUGACAAAAUAUGUAGACUGUGGCUUUCACUACCAACAUGAUUUUUAUGACCUAGUGAAAGUUCAGUAAAUAUUAUAAGAUUGUAUGUUCGGGAACACUGGAGACUGCACUGUUUAAUUUUGUUUAUUUUUGGGAUGGUACAUACCUGGCCACAGUACUGGGUCUAAAACAUUGUCCGCAUAUCAGGUGCUAGGAUUUGAUUUGUUUUGUUAUUUUGAUGCCUUCUGUCUUAAAGCCAUACGGCAGGACAUUCUUUCCUGUUCAAUUUUAAAAAUAACUCGUACAUUUGAUUAUUCAUUGGAAUUUCUGGAUAAAGUAUGUCUUACGCUUUGGUAAAACUGACAUUUAAUUAAUAAAUAGAGCUUUUUAA